GCAGCCUGUUGCUGGCGGAUCGGCGGCGGGGGCGGGCAUGCCGAGCGGCGGCGGCGGGCCCACGGCGGCGCUGCGCGAGCAGGAGCGGGUGUAUGAGUGGUUCGGGCUGGUGCUGGGCUCGGCGCAGCGCCUGGAGUUCAUGUGCGGGCUGCUGGACCUGUGCAACCCGCUGGAGCUGCGCUUCCUCGGCUCGUGCCUGGAGGACCUGGCGCGCAAGGACUACCACUACCUGCGCGACUCGGAGGCCAAGGCCAACGGUCUCUCGGACCCGGGGCCGCUGGCCGACUUCCGAGAGCCCGCAGUGCGCUCGCGCCUCAUCGUCUACCUGGCGCUGCUGGGUUCUGAGAACCGUGAGGCCGCCGGCCGCCUGCACCGCCUCCUGCCCCAGGUGGACUCGGUGCUUAAGAGCCUGCGCGCGGCCCGGGGCGACGGCUCGCGGGGCGGCGCGGAGGACGAGCCCGGCGAGGACGGCGACAACGAGGAGGACGCCGAGAAGGACGGCUCCGGCCCGGAAGGCGGCGGCGCCGAGCCCCAGCCCUGCGGCGGGCUGGGCUUCAGGGCCCAGGAGGAACUGCUGCUGCUCUUCACCAUGGCCUCGCUGCACCCGGCGUUCUCCUUCCACCAGCGGGUCACCCUGAGGGAGCACCUGGAGAGGCUCCGCGCCGCGCUCCGCGGGAGCCCCGAAGACGGGGAGGCGGAGCUGUGUAACUUUGCCGGCCCCAGGGCCCAGAAUGACUCCGCUCAUGGUGAUUAUAUGCAAAGUAAUGAGGCCAGUUUAAUGGAACAAGCCCCAAUACCUCAUGAUGGACUUACUGUGGCACCUCAUAGAACCCAGCGAGAAGCUGUACACAUUGAGAAGAUAAUGUUGAAAGGAGUCCAGAGAAAAAGGGCUGACAAAUAUUGGGAGUACACCUUCAAAGUAAAUUGGUCUGAUCUUUCAGUCACAACAGUAACAAAAACCCACCAAGAACUACAGGAAUUUCUGCUGAAGCUUCCAAAGGAGUUGUCCUCGGAGACUUUUGACAAGACCAUCUUAAGAGCCCUGAAUCAGGGCUCAUUGAAGAGGGAAGAAUGGCGGCACCCUGACCUGGAGCCCAUCCUGAGGCAGCUAUUUUCAACUUCAUCACGAGCUUUUCUACAGAAUCAGAAAGUACACAGCUUUUUUCAGUCCAUAUCGUCAGACCCUCUACACAGCCUCAAUAACUUACAAUCCUCCCUGAAGACCUCUAAGAUAUUAGAACACUUAAAAGAAGACAGCUCAGAAGCUUCAAGUCAAGAAGAAGAUGUGUUACAGCACACCAUAAUCCACAAGAAACAUACCGGGAAAAAUCCCCUUGUGAACACUAUUGGUACAAGUUGUUCUCCGUUGGAUGGGCUCACCAUGCAGUAUUCUGAACAGAAUGGAAUCAUGGAUUGGAGGAAGCAAACCUGCACCACCAUUCAGCACCCGGAGCACUGUGUGGCCUUAGCUGACCAGCAUUCAACUGAAAAACGAAGUUUAUCUUCAAUAAGUAAGAAAAAAGGAAAGUCACAAAUAGAAAAGGAGAAAAUUAAGAAAACUGACAACAGAUUGAAUAGUAGAAUAAAUGGUAUUCGAAUCUCGGCUCCUCAGCACACCCACGGUGGUUCUGUGAAAGAUGUGAAUUUGGACAUUGGAUCUGGACAUGACACAUGUGGAGAAACAUCUUCAGAGAGUUACAGUUCUCCGUCUAGCCCAAGACAUGAUGGAAGAGAAAGUUUUGAAAGUGAAGAAGAAAAAGACAGAGACACAGACAGUAAUUCUGAGGAUUCUGGAAAUCCAUCCACAACCAGGUUUACAGGUUAUGGUUCUGUCAACCAGACUGUCACUGUCAAGCCACCUGUUCAGAUUGCUUCAUUAGGAAACGACGAUGCAAACCUUUUAGAAGAUCCCUUAAGCUCACCCAAGUAUCAGCAUAUUUCUUUUAUGCCAACUUUACACUGUGUCAUGCACAAUGGUGCCCAGAAGUCUGAGGUGGUCGUUCCUCCACCCAAAUCUGCUGAUGGUAAAACAAUAGGGAUGCUUGUUCCUAGCCCUGUUGCUCUCUCUGCAAUAAGGGAGUCCACGAACUCAACCCCCGUCGGAAUACUAGGGUCAACAGCUUCUACUGCAGAAUCAGAAAAGCACCUUGAAUUACUGGCGUCCCCUUUACCUGUUCCAUCAACAUUCCUUCCACAUAGUAGUACUCCCGCUUUGCACCUCACAAUUCAGAGGCUAAAACUGCCGCCGCCGCAGGGAUCUUCUGAGAGUUGCACGGUGAACCUCUCCCAGCAACCAACCGGGAGUCUGAGCGUCGGAUCACCAAACACUGCCUUUAUUCCUGUUCAUAAUCCAGGUAGUUUUCCAGGAUCUCCUGUUGCUACCACAGACCCCAUCACAAAAUCUGCAUCUCAAGUGGUAGGACUAAAUCAAAUGGUGCCUCAGAUUGAGGGAAACACAGGGACAGCCCCUCAGCCUACCAAUGUGAAGGUAGUUCUUCCAGCAGCUGGCCUCUCGGCCGUACAGCCACCAGCUUCCUACCCCUUGCCAGGCUCUCCGCUUGCUGCCGGGGUGUUACCCAGCCAGAAUUCCACCGUCCUCAGCACGGCGGCACCGUCUGCCCAGUCCGCGGGAGCAGGCAUCAGCCAGGCCCAGUCGAGUGUUCCUCCCGCGGUUCCUACCCACACCCCCGGUCCCGCCCCAAGCCCGAGCCCUGCUUUGACACACAGUACUGCGCAGGGCGACAGCACGUCUUACAUCAGUGCUGUGGGAAACACGAACACCAACGGGACAGUGUUGCCUCCACAGCAGAUGGGCUCAGGUCCUUGUGGUUCUUGUGGGCGAAGGUGCAGCUGUGGGACCAAUGGAAACCUUCAGCUAAAUAGUUACUAUUAUCCUAAUCCAAUGCCUGGACCAAUGUACCGAGUCCCAUCGUUCUUUACCCUGCCAUCCAUCUGCAAUGGCAGCUACCUCAACCAAGCACACCAGAGCAAUGGAAACCAACUUCCUUUUUUUCUGCCUCAGACUCCAUAUGCAAAUGGACUGGUGCAUGACCCAGUCCAAGCCAACUAUGGCAUGCAGCAGAUGGCAGGAUUCGGGAGGUUCUAUCCUGUGUAUCCAGCACCUAAUGUAGUCGCCAGCACGAGCGGUUCGGGGCCCAAGAAGAAUGGGAACGUGUCAUGUUACAACUGUGGUGUGAGCGGGCACUAUGCACAGGAGUGUAAGCAGUCGUCCAUGGAGGCCAGUCAACAAGGCACUUACAGACUGAGAUACGCACCUCCCCUCCCCCCUUCUAAUGAUACGUUGGAUUCUGCAGACUGAACAACUCCGACUUGAUCCACUGUAAAAGGUCUCGCUCGGCCAGCCUCUCACCAAAAGAAAUUGCUAAUUGGGAAGCAGCGCCGCCUGGUGGGGGACGAGGACAAUGCAAGCAAGCGGACGUCAUUGCCCACUUGACCUGAUGUAGAGAAAAUUGAACGUAAGGCAGAAAACAUUUGAGAUUGUAAACCUGUGCUCAAAACCUUAAAGAAUGCAGGCAACUGGCCAUAAAAGUAAUUUGAGCGGUCUCCUCUUUCAGACAUUGCAAUCUCAGUUUGUUAUAAACAUCUUAAACGCAUUGAUGGUACUUUAGAGUUUCCUUUGCACUUUUCUCUGUGCUCAUUGGCCUGCACAACUGUGAAGGGUAUGGGGUCUCCCUCCUCCCUAUUUUACAGAUUAGGAACUCAGGGUUCAGAGGGGUUAAGUGCCACAGACAUGCCACCAGUGAUGAAGGCCAGGCCCCAACUUCAGAUUAGUGCUUACCUCCUGCCCCACUUCCUGGCCUGCAACUGCUUCUUCACUGACCCCAGGGCAAUGACCUUUUAAACCGUAUAAAGCGAUAGGCACCCAUGGUCUUAAGAACCAUGGGGCCUCUGGAUUCCUGAGAGAGGAGUGGGCUGGGUCCUGGUCAGUCAGAAUGUCUUUUUUCUGUAUCUCUGUUGAAGGGGUGAGGGAAAGUUUGCAGAGCUGGGAGACCUCAGUACUUUUAGAACUAGGCUUUCAGCGUUUGCCUGUCUCAGAUGAAUUCAAGGAGCAGCAGCUGUUGCCUACAUCCAGGGUUUGAAACAUGCAGCAAUAUGCUCUGUUGGAACACUGAAUCUUGCUCUGCAAAGGUUUUUAUUGUCCCCAGAUGUCUCGGUGACUCUUGAGCAUUUGGUGGCUAGUCCAUAAUUUUAAGACUUCGGAAGUUGAAAAGUGCAGUAGCAGGGCACACAGGAAAGAUACUUCACUGCUGCUAUUUGAAAAGCUCUGACCGUUAUAUAUAGAUUGUCCCAAGCACUCCCUCUACCCGCCACCGCUACUCAAAGACACUCCAAAGACCAAAAAUGACAGAGGCAAAGUCACCUUCAAGCAGGAACGGUGACAGUCACACCCGCCCCAAAAGCCUUUCUGGACGUUAAGAAUGCCACCAGGUCACCUAGUACUCGGUGCUCAUUCUUGCUAGCGUAUCGGGGUUGGGUAUUUGUGACAUGGUAACUCACUUUUGCAUUGGAAGCCUCCAUCAGGUGAACUUGUACAAAGAGGUGGCGCUGGUAAAGCCUUAUUUUCAGCACCCACCCACAGUACGCAUGACCUUUCUCAGGCUCAUUUACAGAAUGGGGAUAACAUCCACUUUGUUAGAAUAGUUAUAAGGAUUGAAUCUGGCAAAAUACAUAAAGCACUCAGUGUCUGGCACACAGUAGGUGCUCAGGACAUUGGUGAUGGUGGCGAACGCCUUCAUGCCCAGCGGGGGGCAGGCACGUGUCAGCCUCGCCGCAGCCAUAUGAGGUGGGUACUCCGCUCCAUCUUACCGUUGGGGAGGUUGAGGCAUGAAGGCCGCCCAAGUGUCUGAGGGCACAGAGCGGUUCAGUGGCAAGGCUGGGGCUGGAACCUGCCGCUCUUAGCCCCCAGGCUCCUCCAAUUCUUUGUGCCCGGGUCACAGGAUGCUACAGGCAUGGUGUGACAGCGCAGGGCACCCUGCACUGGGGUAAGGUAGGCAGAACUCAGGCCAGCUCCGCCGUAAACUCUGUCGUCUUGAACACCUGGCCCUCCUGGACCUUCAUUUUUCUUACCCGAAAGCUGAGUGUUGCUUGGAAAAGAGUGGUAGAAACUGAGCUAAAUGACCUUAGAAUUCUGUGGCUUGAAGCUUACUUUUUCACUUUAAGUGAUUUAUCAAGUUUUAAUAAUUCUUUACCUCUACACUUUUGUUUUAACUGAUUUGAAGUCCUUUUUGGGUGUGGCCAGGAGCACAAACCCCAGCUGUCACCAUGUGCUAACAGGACAGGAAAUGUUUCCAGGUCCUUAGGGAGCGGCAAGAGAAAAGACCCCAAUUGGGGCUGGCUGGGCACUAGGUGGCAGCACCGGCUUCUGACUGUGUCUGGUCCAGCGGAGGAGCAGGUGCUCUGUCCUGUCCUCAAGAUUCUAGUUUCUCCUCUACUUGUACUGAUAAAGUUUUCACCUGGGGGGGCCUUCCAGUCAAAAAACGAAGCUAGCGUACCGAGUCCUGUGCUGAAGGACACAGGGUUAGCCGUAGCUCACAGGUCAGCAACACGUAGAGAUGGACAAACUACGGUCCACAGCUAAGAAUGGUUUUUACAUCUUUAAAUGGUUGAAAAGAAUACGUUUUCAUGACGCAUAAAAAAAUUAUAUGAAAUUCACAUUUCAGUGUGCACAAAUAAAGUUUCUUGGAACACGGCCACUCGUUUGUCUCGUUGUGGCUGCUUUCGUCAGAAAUGGUCAAGUUGAGCAGUUACGACAGAGACCACGUGGCCCUCAGAGCCUGAGGUACUGUCUGUGCCUUUAUGGAAAAAGCUUGCUGACCCCUGACACACAGCAACCUUCUCUAAGUAAAGGUGCGCUCUCCGGUGUCUUUCAGGUCCUACGUGCGAGUGCAGGAAUUUCACUCUCCUUUUUGCUGCUGGGUCUUCUUAGCAAAAUGAGAUCACCUCUGGUGCACACAUUUCAUCAGCUGUUUAGCAAAUAUCUCUUGGCUGGGAGCUGAGUGUCACGAGGGGCAUAACCAGCUACAGCCUGGUCACAAGCCGUGGGGUCCCAGUGGGUGGACAGGUGAACUCUGCCUGCUGAGAACUGGGAAAGGGUUUUCAAAGGACAACAUUUCCGCUGGGCCAGAAAGGGAGAAGUGAGAUAUUCUUAGUGAAGAGGUAAAGAGAUGGCAAAGAAAAUGUCAUCGACUUCAGGAGUGCUGGGUAGGGAGGUGAGAGGGUGGGAGGAACAGGCAAGGGCAGGUGCGGGGCAGCAGGGCAUGAAGACGGGAGGGAGCCAGACGGGCAAGGGUUUGGAAGAAAAAAACAUGCAUUCUUUUGCUCUUGCUGAAUUUGUGGUGCUUGAGUGAUACCUGGUCAUCCAGUGUUUGUCUCACAGUGUGGCCCUGGGUCACCUGCAGCAGAGUCACCUGAAGGGCGUAACUAAAACACACACUCCUCAACUCUCCCUCCCUGCAAACACACACCUAGAGAAUGGAAGUUCGCAAUGUCUAUUUUGGUGGGUGCAGGGGAGGGCAAAGCCGAUCCGUCAAAGAAGGCUGAGAAGGAGGAUCCAGAUAGUGGAGAAUGUUCCCUGAAGACCGGAAGAUAAACUUUGAGAAUGAAAUGGUCGUUAUUGCCACAUACAGUAGAGGUCAGGAGGUAUGGCCACGAGCUUGACAGUCACGAGGUCACUGGUAACUUUAAGACGACAGUUACGGGGGAUUGAGAGGAGAGCCAGAGGAAGACAGAAGGAUGUGAGGAUGGACAACUAACCUCACUCUAGUUGCUACUUAAUUUUAAAGGCAGUAUAAUGUAGUGCUUUGAAUCCCAAGGCUGUCACUUGAGCCGGGGCCUCUGAGCAAGUUCCCUUACCUGUAAACAAAGAUUACAAGAGUGUCAACCUCCUGGGGUUUUUGUGAGGGUUAAAACGUUCCAACGUGGUGCCAGGCAUACAGGGAGCACUAACACAACGUUAUAUUUCCUUUAAAAAUACUUUCUUAUUCAGAACCUGCCUUCCUAUUUUAGGGCCUGUCAGAAUUAGGAAUGCCUCCCUUUGGAUUAUGACUGGGCUUUGUUCUUUCCUGUUAGCUAUUUUUGUUUUACAUAAUUGCAGUCAUCCUAUACACGCAUUUUUUUUUUGUUUGUUUACAGCUGAUAAGCCAAUAUCGACACUUUAUUACUAACUAAAGUCCACAGUUUACAUCAAGGUUCACGCUUGGUCUUGAACAUUCGGUGGGUUUUGACAAAUGUAUGAUGACGUGUAUCCAGCAUUGUAGUAUCAUACAGAAUAGUUUCACUGCCCAAAACAUCCCAUGCUCUGCCUAUUUACCCCUCCCUCCCACCC